GUCAGAAAUACCAAAAGAAAUGUGCUGUUCAAAGCCAAAUUUGAAGUCCAUUCAAGCAGCUGUCAGUAAUAACUACUGUACAGAAUGGCAUACCCAGGUUAUCCCCCUUCUGGCGGCUACCCCGCAUUCCCUGGUUAUCCGCCAACAGGGCAAGAGUCCGUCUAUCCGCCAGCUGGUCAGUACUCCUAUCCUGCUGCUCCUGGAGGAUACCCUCCGUCAGGAGGAGGGACCUAUCCUGCAGCACCACCAAGUGCUGGGUAUCCAGGGGCAGCAGGAUAUCCUGUCCCAGGCAGCUAUACUGGAGCUCCCCAGGCCGGAGGAAUGCCAUCUUAUCCUGGAGCUCCUACAGGCCCUGGGUUUGGUGUGCCUCCUGCUGGCCCUGGCUUUGGUGGCUAUCCACAGCCUCCUGCCCAAAACUAUGUUGGAGGUGGACCGGCACAAAUUCCAGUGGGAUUUCCUGGUGGACAAGCACCAUCACCAAUGCCUGGUCUGCCUGCAGCAAUGGUUCAGGGUACCCAGGGCACAAUUCAAGCUGCUCCAAACUUUGAUGCUGGAAGGGAUGCAGAAAUUCUACGCAAAGCUAUGAAGGGCUUUGGAACUGAUGAGCAGGCCAUCAUCAAUGUUGUUGCUAACCGCUCCAAUGAUCAAAGGCAAAAAAUCAAGGCAGCUUUCAAGACUAUGUACGGCAAGGAUUUAAUUAAAGAUCUGAAGUCAGAGUUAAGUGGAAAUGUGGAAGAAUUGAUUCUAGCACUCUUCAUGCCUAGCACCUACUACGAUGCCUGGAGUUUACGUCAUGCAAUGAAGGGAGCAGGCACUCAGGAGAAGGUGCUGAUUGAGAUCCUCUGCACAAGGACAAACCAGGAAAUAAGAGAAAUAGUGAAUUGCUAUAAAUCAGAAUUUGGAAGGGACAUCGAACAAGACAUCAGAGCAGACACUUCAGGACACUUUGAACGAUUACUUAUAUCAAUGUGCCAAGGUAAUCGGGAUGAGAAUCAAACUGUGGAUUACCAGAAAGCUCAAGAAGAUGCUCAGCGUCUGUACCAAGCAGGUGAAGGAAAACUUGGGACUGAUGAGUCUUGCUUUAAUAUGGUUCUGGCAAGCAGAAGUUUUCCCCAACUGAAAGCCACAGUCGAGGCAUACUCCAGGAUUGCUAAUCGUGAUUUAUUAAGCAGCAUUGAUCGAGAAUUUUCUGGAAAUGUGGAACGUGGUUUGAAGACUAUUGUGCAAUGUGCCUUAAAUCGCCCAGCCUUUUUUGCAGAAAGACUUUAUUACUCUAUGAAAGGAGCUGGGACAGAUGAUUCUACCCUCAUCAGAAUUAUCGUCACUCGCAGCGAGAUUGACCUCGUGCAAAUUAAACAGAUGUUCACACAGAUGUAUCAGAAGACUCUGGCUACGAUGAUAGCAAGUGAUACCAGCGGUGAUUACAGGCGUUUGCUGCUGGCAAUUGUUGGUCAAUAGAAGAGGAUUAUCUGGUUUUAUGUUUUCUUUUUUAAAAAAAACUGAGGGACAUGUAACAUGCUUUAUGCAGACACUGACAUUCCUUGUGUCACGCAUUCCUUGUGUGUAAAGGAAUAAUUUUAAAUGUUGUAUAAUCAAAUAUGCCUUCUUGAUGAUUCCGUAAGCUUGUUGCACUUAUAACUGCCUUAAUUUACAGCACAUAAUAUUCUUUAUUGUAUAAUAAAAGAUGUCUUAUCUA